AUAUUUUCGGAUGACAACCAAACAAAGUUUGAAGUUAAUUCUAAUAUUCUUACCACAGAAAUCUUGUUCAUGGUUCUGAAUUAUUAUGUCCGUCACAACUUGACCCAGAAAGCCUUAGAAGACCUAUUGAGCAUGCUCAAUGCAAUUUCAGGCUCAAGAUUUUUUCCAGCAUCAUUUUCCUCAUUUGCUGCCAAAUUUAGUUCUGAUAUGUAUGGAUCAUACCGUAUAUAUUUCUGCAUCCAAUGCAAAUAUGACUUGGGCAAAGCAAAACCGGAUCGUGGGUACAAAUGUUCUAUUUGUGCUUCGCGUGCCUACGACUUUUUUCUCGUCAUUCCAAUUGAAACACAAAUAAAAGAAAUGGUUAAUAAGUACUGUGACGACAUUGAACAAUACGCUAGGAAAAUUCAAGAAAAUAAUAUAGCUGACGUAAACAAUGGAAUGAUUGCUCGAAAAAUAGUAAAUGACGAUUUCAACUGUUUGACAUUGAGCGUUAAUACAGACGGAGCUGCCGCUUUCAACAGUACUACAAAAAAACCGCUGUAUCCUGUAUUUGUUACGCUGAAUAAUCUGCCACCAGCACUCAGAUUCAGCAAACACAAUCUCAUUGUUGCUGGAUUAUGGCUAUCGAAAGGCGAGCCGAACACGAAUCUUUUAUUUAAAUAUUUUUGUUUGGAGCUGAGAGGUCUUGAGGAAGGCUUUCUUGUAAAUACACAACGCUACAAAGUUAAGCUUCUUCAAGUUUGUUUAGAUUCCGUGGCAAGAUGCAAAGUUCAAAGAAUGAAGCAAUUUAAUGGAAGUUUUGGUUGCACUAUCUGCAUGCAUCCAGGGCAAGUUGAAAAAAUGACGAAUAUGCGCUAUUAUCCUUUAAAAAAAGUGCCACUGAGGGAUGAUGAGUCAACUAGAAUUUUAAUGGAAGAGGUACAUGAUAGUGGAAAAGAAAAGCAAGGAAUAGUAGGAAAAAGUGUAUUUGUUAUUUUGCCUUACUUCGACAUUAUAAAGUGCUUUCCACCGGACUACAUGCAUGCAGUAGAUUUGGGGGUUGUAAAACAAAUAUGGACCUUAUUUUUAGAAAGCAAAAACCACGGAAAACCAUUUUAUGUUGGUACUAAAUCUAAUGAGAUAGAUAACAGACUUUUGUCGAUUCGUCCACCAAGUAUAUUUCCAAGGUAUCCCAGAUCAGUUUUUGAGUACAAAAAAUUCAAAGCUAAUGAGUGGGAAGCCAUACUAUUACAUUAUGUCUAUCCAAUUCUACACGGAAUUCUUCCUCACAAAUAUUUGGACCACAUCAUGCAGCUUUCCACAUCAAUUUUCUGUCUACUAGAUCAAAACUUAACGUUAGAAAAUAUAAGCUCUUGUGAUAAAACGUUGAAAAAAUUCAUUCGUCGUUUUGAGAUUGUAUAUGGGCUAAACAAUAUGACCUACAAUGUACACCUAUUAGGACAUUUGGCAAACUCCGCCCGCAAUUUCGGAGCAGUUUAUAAUUCAUCUUUAUUUCCUUACGAAUCAGGAAAUGGAAUGUUGUUGAAAUUCAGAUCAGGAAAUAAUAAACCAAUUCUACAAAUACAGCGCAAAUAUAAUUUCAACAGAAUAUGCCAUUUUACUACAGUACCAGCGGAUUCGAGUGUGCUAAAUUGGGUAUCAGCACUGUGGUCAUCGAAACAGACAAAAACUGCCGUGAGUGAUUUUCAAUUUAGUUGUCUUGAAAACAAUGUUAUUUUUGAUAAUAGUGUGACAGAGAGGAAAUUCAGUAACAUUGGAAAGUUAAAAUACAAUAGAUUUAAUUUAUGCGCAAGAGAUAUUUGUAAAAAUUUCCGAUAUGACGAUUCUUGGGUUUGGAUGAAUAACGAUUUUUUUAACAUAGUACAUAUUUUGAGCGAUACGAAAAAUGAAUUUUAUAUUAUUGGACAGAUUCUUUUAAUAAAAAAAAAAUAUGAUAACUUGUACACGUACAGAAUGAAAAAAGAAUUGAAGGUAGUAAAAAUCAAUAAAACUCUCCAACAGUGCGUUAACAUGAUAAUAACUGUGAAUAAUCAAAAUGUAAAUUUUAUUUCUAAAUGUAAACAGUUAACACAAAUUGACUAAGCCGAUUCAAAACUUAUUCUAUAUUAGAAGAAAAAUUAUAAUUUUAAGAUUAGUAAUAAUCAUAAUAGUGUUUGUAUAUUGUUAAACUUGUGAAGAUCAUGUCGUAG